ACAAGUCUGCCUCAGUUUCACCGUGGUCCCAAACUUGGAUUUCCAGAAAACUGACUGAUAUCAAGAAGUUUACGGAGAAAGUCCCCCUGGGCUCUCUUCUUGCUUCUUAACAACUUUCCAGCUAGAUCUCCCACAAGAUGGGUGACUGGAGUGCUUUAGGAAGACUCCUCGACAAGGUCCAGGCCUACUCCACGGCUGGAGGGAAGGUCUGGCUCUCCGUGCUCUUCAUCUUCCGGAUCCUGGUCUUGGGCACCGCUGUGGAAUCCGCCUGGGGUGACGAGCAGUCGGCAUUCAAGUGCAACACCCAGCAGCCCGGUUGCGAGAAUGUGUGCUACGACAAGUCCUUCCCCAUCUCCCACGUGCGCUUCUGGGUCCUGCAGAUCAUCUUCGUCUCCACACCGACACUCCUCUACCUGGCGCACGUCUUCUACCUGAUGCGCAAGGAGCAGAAGCUGAACAGGAAGGAGGAGGAGCUGAAGGCGAUGCAGAGCGACGGCGGCGACGUGGACCUGCCGCUGAAGAAGAUCGAGCUGAAAAAGUUCAAGUACGGCCUGGAGGAGCACGGGAAGGUUAAAAUGAAGGGCGCCCUCUUGAGAACCUACGUGGUGAGCAUUUUCUUCAAGUCCAUCUUCGAGGUGGGCUUCCUGGUGAUACAGUGGUACAUGUACGGCUUCAGCCUCUCCGCGGUCUACACCUGUGAGCGCUCUCCUUGCCCGCACAGGGUGGACUGCUUCCUCUCCCGGCCCACGGAGAAAACCGUCUUCAUCAUCUUUAUGCUGGUGGUGUCUCUGGUGUCCCUGUUGCUCAACAUUAUCGAGCUCUUCUACGUCUUGUUUAAGAGGAUCAAGGAUCGCGUCAAAGGGAAACAGAACCAGUACCCCACCAGCGGCACUCUGAGCCCCACACACAAGGACAUGUCCUCGUCCAAGUACGCCUACUACAAUGGCUGCUCCUCUCCCACCGCCCCCCUGUCCCCAAUGUCACCCCCCGGGUACAAGCUGGCAACUGGGGAGAGGACCAAUUCCUGUCGCAAUUACAACAAGCAAGCCAACGAGCAGAACUGGGCCAACUACAGCACCGAGCAGAACCGACUGGGCCAGAACGGCAGCACCAUCUCCAACUCCCAUGCGCAGGCUUUUGACUUCCCGGACGACACCCAGGAGCACAAGAAACUGACCGCGGGCCACGAGCUGCAGCCGCUCUCCCUGAUGGACCCCCGGCCGUGCAGUCGGGCGAGCAGUCACCUCAGCAGCCGGGCGAGGCCAGAUGACCUCGAUGUUUAGCCUCGCCUCCCCCCCAAAACCCCCCCACCCGCCGCCACCCCUCCCAUUUGAUACAACCGAGAACAGACAGCACAAAGAGACGUUCUCAUGUGCUAGGGGGGCGGUAUUCUCCCCCACUCACUGUCGUCAGUACAGACUCUAGUAAACACAGAGACGUUAAAACACUUAUACUGCUGGAGGUACGAUCCAUUAACAAUGACAUUGAAAUAGAGGAGCUAACGAGCUGUAACAAUACAACAGUUUAGUGUUCCAACUAUGUCCAACAGUCCCAGAUCUCUCUCUAGAGGAGUAUGCCUUGGUGAUAUGUUUGGUUUUGUUUUUCCUGUAUGUUUUUUUGGUAAGCCCACACAAAUAACAUUCCAUUUAGAAAUAUUGCACUUCGAUAUGUACCAAUGUAUCUUCUUCCAUGUCUGGAAAGCUGUUUGAAGAAACAGUUGGCUUUUCAAUCCCCACUUUCAUGACCACCAUCUCUCGAUGUCAAUUCCAUCUUGUGAAACAGGGUUAUGAGUAGGUUCCUUGUUGUCAGUAUCAUGAAUUAAUAUUUAUUUAUUACUAUAAGAAUGCAGGACAUCCACCACUAGACGAAGAUUGACUACUACCCAAGGUCAUAUCCAUAUUAAUAAUAUAUAAAAUCACUAGACCCAACACCAUAUUUAUUGAUAAUAAUCCAAAUUUCAGCAAUACCUUUUCACUGCAAUGAAGAUGUUGCUUUUAUUGAAGAUAGUGGACUGUCAUUUCCUGAUAAACUUUGAAUUUAUGUGCUGUUAGUUGUAUUAUUGUUUGUAUGUUGUUGGGGUUUUGUGGGAAACAGGAAGUGAUGCGAUUGGUAAAAGCUGCUGGAUGAUACACAGCUUGACAACGUUUUGUUUCUUUCUUUUUUUAUUUUUGCUAAAAUGUGUCCCUGAGCAUUUUUGAAAAAAGGCUUUAUUUUACUCUUGUUACUUUGUUUUUUUUGUCCUUUUUGGAUGGGAGAGGAGGGCAGUACAAAGAGGUUUUCUGUUUUGCGUUUGGCGUGAAUGAUUUCAAAAAAAAAAAAAGCAAACAAAAAAAAUGAUGUAAUCAUUGCUGCUUGAGAGAUAGAUUUGUAGUACUGUAAAUCAAGCUAACUGUGUCACAAAUGUGAGUUUCUUAGAAGACUGCUUUAUAGAGCUGGACUAAUAUUUAGUCAAAUAUAUUAAAAAAGGUAUAUGCCAAUGUAGCUCCACAACUACCAAACGCUAGUAGAUGGAAAUUCAUUCGGACUUUUUUUUUGUUUUGUUUUGACAUUGCAUCAUAGUAAUUUUGGUACUCGAACACAGAGGUUCAUGGAUCUUUCGGCUACAAUGGUGUUUGCACUGAGAUUUUGGCUAGGGUGUAAUAUGAUGCAAAAAAGUGGCAAGUGUUUCUUAGUAUGCAUGUUACUAAUUUAUUUUUACAAUACACCAAGCAGAAAAUCACCACCUUCAAACAGUGCUUCCUUUUGACAUCUCACUGAUCUCACUCUGACCUUGAAAGACCAACCAAUGCCAGGCCCUCCAUUCACACAGCAAACUAACUGGGAGGUGUGUUGGUUGGACGAAGUGCAGUGUGGUCAUGUUAUUCCAUGGAAAUCCACUGUUGUACAGUGUGUAAGUGCAUGAUAGCAACAAAAUGU